CCACUCCCCAGUUCACCCCUUUGCACAAUGGCUAUCCCAGACGCGGACAUUUACCCCGAAGCCACCGGCCCUGCCAAAGCGCUGGUUGCGCGACACCAAGCCGAGCAGCCAUUGAAGCUGUAUGCCGGCUGGUUCUGUCCCUUUGUCCAGCGCGUCUGGCUCGCCCUCGAAGAAAAGCAAAUCCCCUACCAAUACAUCGAAGUCAAUCCCUACCACAAACAACCCUCCUUCCUCGCCUUGAACCCGCGCGGGCUGGUCCCCACCAUCUCCGUCCCGGACCCUGCCACCGACACCUCCAAGCCGCUGUAUGAAUCCACCGUCAUCCUCGAAUACCUCGAAGAGGCCUACCCCACCCACACCCCGCUGCUCCCCACGGACCCCUACCAGCGCGCCCGGUGCCGCAUCUGGAACGACUACGUGACCUCGCGCAUCAUCCCCUCCCUGCACCGCUUCCUCCAGUACCAGCCCUCCACCCGCGGGAUCGAAGGCCUGCACCAAGCCCGCCAGGAGUUUCUCUCCACGUUGAAGGAAUGGUCGAGGGAGAUCCACCCGGCCGGGCCCUAUUUCCUGGGCGAGGAGCUCACGCUCCCGGAUGUGGUGCUCGCGCCGUGGGCGCUCCGGCUCUGGGUGUUCGAUGAGUAUAAAGGCGGCUCGGGGAUUCCGGGGCCUGGGGAGGGCGGGGAGGAUGAGGAGGCUUGGGGGAAGUGGCGGAAGUGGCUGGCUGCGGUGAAGGAACGGAGGAGCAUACAGGAGACGACGAGUGAGGCGGAGCACUAUCUGCCUAUCUAUAAACGGUAUGCGGAUGAUGUGGCGGAGAGUUGGUUGGCUAGGGCUACGAGGGAGGGGAAGGGGGUUCCGUGAAUGGCCUCACUGGUUGUACGUCACUUCGAUUGGAUCGGUUAUGAUGCAGUGUGAGAUGAGAUCUGUCGGAUCUGAUCCUCAUAGAUCUGUGAAGGGUGUCACGGCAGUCACGUCGACGCGUCUUGCGCUCGUUGUUUCAUUGGCCUGCCUGGUGCUGUGGAUUUUCGUGAUUCUGGGGCAUCUCCUUGGUGACUAUCUGCUAUUGGUCUCGUGGUUUGUUGAUUCACAGUACUAUACUAGAGUUCGUGGAGAGAGAUGGUGGUAGAGAAAUAUAUAUAGUACUAGUACUAGUAGUUGCCAACCAUACUAAUGCAAG